UUAUUCUUGUCCUAUAAAACUAAAUCCUUCUGAGAAGUGGUGCGUCAGAAGCAAACCCAUUUGAUCCAACACUUUGUUGAUAAAUGGAAAAGGAGGCACCAUCAUCGAAGACUGCUGAAGUGGAUUUCCCCCUUCACUCAAUUGGCUUUGAGAUUGAAGAGCUAUCUCCUCAAAGGGUGUCUGGCCAUCUCAAAGUUACCCAAAAGUGCUGCCAGCCAUUCAAGGUGUUACAUGGAGGGGUGUCAGCACUCAUGGCAGAGGCUUUGGCAAGCAUAGGAGCCCACAUGGCUUGUGGCUACCAAAGAGUGGCUGGGAUUCAGCUCAGCAUCAACCAUUUGAAAAGUGCUGUGCUUGGUGACUUGGUCUAUGCUGAAGCCACCCCUCUAACUCUUGGCAAAACCAUUCAGGUAUGGGAGGUGAAAAUAUGGAAACUUGAUCCUUCAAACUCACAAAAGACAUCUCAGAUAUCAUCAUCAAGGGUUACUCUACUGUGCAACAUGCCUGUCCCAGAUAAUGCAAAAGACGCUGGCGACAGACUCAGGAAGCACGCAAGGCUAUGAAUAUUCCUGUAGUUUAAUUUACAUAUGCAUAAACAUAAAUUUUCUUGUAGUUUAAAAUACAGUAAGGAAAGGAUUCUUGAGGGAUAUAAAAAGCAACAUUAAUGCUUAAAAUGUACACCAUGGUCAUAAUUUGUUGCUUAAAUGGAAGGACAAUUGUAAUUAUAAAUGGUAGUGGAAAACCACCACUAUGAAAGCCAACACCGCCCAAGUUCCAGCACAUUACAUAUAUCUCUAUGUUGCUUUUCUUGUA